AUGAGUACCCCAGAUGUAAGUUACGUAGGCUUGGAAGGGAUCCCUUACGUGACCCAUUUUACAGAUAUUGAACUUCCAUCGACUCUAAAACUUCCGUACACCGACGUGGAACUUCAGACACCAGACAACGUUGUACUUCGAUGUUUUCUGAUUCGACAAGCACAACUGUCCAGCUCAUUCGCGACAGUCAUUAUGUUCCACGGGAACGGGAUGAAUCAUGGAGAUGUAUUAGAAGCCGCCCACGAAUUUUAUAUCCUGGGGUGCAAUGUUCUGACGGUCUCGUAUAGAGGGUACGGCAACUCCACUGGUUCUCCCUCGGAAAAGGGUCUCAAAAUCGACGCCCAGACCGCCCUCGACCACAUACUCUCCGACCCAUCACUAUCAAACAUCCCAAUAAUCAUCUUUGGCCAAUCGCUAGGUGGCGCUGUGGCAAUCGACCUAGCAAGCCGGAACUAUUCCAAAGUUUCAGCGCUCAUUAUCGAGAACACAUUCACCUCCCUCCCGGACGUCAUUCGCGGCUGGCCGUACAUUGGCGUAUUCUCCUUCCUCUGCACACAAAAGUGGAAGUCAGCAUCCAAGAUACCCUGGAUACCACCCACGCUCCCCAUCCUCAUGUUGAGCAGCCUCCUUGACGAAGUCAUCCCCGAGAAACAUAUGCGAAAUUUAUGGAAAAUAGCGUCCGUUCGAGGGAAGCCGAAAUCGGCUGGGUGGUGGAGGAAAGCUCGUCCAGUGGAAACGUGGGUUCCACCACAAAAGGAUCUGUUCCAGUCGUUUCCAAAUGGUCAUCAUACUGAUACGUAUAUCCAAGAGGGUUACUGGAAAGGCGUGCAAGAGUUCUUUGACAACCUCAACCUCCGCAAACCUAAAUCGCAGCCCUCGACCUCGCACGAAUCCGCGUAA